CUGGCACCCUCUCCUCAGGGCGGCCGCUGCCACCCCAGCUCAGACAGAGGGCCAUGGCCUGGGAGGCCCAGCACCUGCUGCCCCUUGUCCUGCUGGUGCUCCUGGCCUCAGUCACCAGUCCCAGGCUCGUCCAGGAGCCUGGAAACCCGCGAUACGUCAUCAGGGAUUAUCCCGGACAGGGGUACUUCACCGUCACCAUGACUGCGCUGGCAGAGGACUCAGGCUUGUAUUCCUGUGGACUCUAUGAAUCUGCCGGGAUUGACAUUCUUAGAACCAUCAGUCUGGCGGUCUUUCGGGCCCUCACGCACACCUCGAAUGUUACUGCACAAGUCCCAUCAACCAGCCAAGGAGGAAAGGAGCUGAGCCUGCCGCCUGCCCUGGCCCUUUCCGAGCCACAGGUGAUGGCUAUUGUUCUGACUUGCAGAUUCGUCCUGAACAAGGGCCUGGUGUUCUCAGUCCUGUUUGUCCUUCUCCGGAAAGCCAGGGCCUCAGGCGAGCCAAACCCAGGGGAGCAGCAAAGUCACCCUUCCAGGAGCUGACGGGCAUGCCUUCCUCCCCUAGCAAACAUCACAUCCUCUCUCUGUUCCCCAAAUGAACAAACAAAUAAACUGAUCUCGCAGGAAAGUAAAA